AUGGAUUUCGUCCAUCGCGGCGAUGCAGAAGGGGCGAGGAGAAAUCCCCUGCCGAAGAGAGGUCAGGUCAAGGCAAGGAUCGUGCGCACCUUGUUCCGGUCGGUGGUUGCCAUCGGUUCGGAGACGCAGGGAAGUGGACACAGUGAGCGUCCGAAUGUCAAGCGCUCCGCUUCCGCGUCGCCGUCGACGUUGAGCGGUUACGCUUCCGAUGUCAGCUCCGACGAGUGA